AGUAUGCUUCACACAUUAAUGUAUACACAUUCAUAAAUAUAUUUAUAUACAAGCAGCAUAUAAGUCAUGCAUCGAUGUACAUUGGACACACGAGACUUGCGUCUAGUCUAUUCAUUUACAUAAGUUACAUUCUAUAAACUUCUUUUUAAGUUGACACAUUAACAAGUGAGUACAUUUUUACUUUUUCUUUUCUCAUCCUCUUCGCUCUCAUUUUGUCCACUCGUUCGUUCGCACACAUCGGAACUGUUGCACUUACAUUGCUGUUAAUAAUUCAUUUGAGAAAGACAUGAAUGCUAAAACACUUCAUACCUUACAUAAAAAAAAAAAUCAUAAAUUAAACCCAGUUUAAAGGACUAAAACUGUACGUUCAAGAAAUGACAACAAAAUUCCACAGAUUAUGUUCUCCUGACGAGUUAUCGAUGUCCCAGGAAAAGAUAUUGAGCGAUCGAUAAAAUACAAUACCGGAAUUAAUUAUAUACACUGCCCUCAAGAAAAAUGUCUGGUAGUUCCUUGGUCCAAAGAAGAACAAUAUUCUUUUUAACUUCGUGGCAAACCGAAAUCACUGACUGUUUCAAUUUCCAGGUGGUAACCUACCACUUCACUGACGUUACGAAUACUCCUUGAAAACAGCAUGGAUAUCACAGAGUCUCACUUCAUCUUUUACGAAUAAGUGCAAAACUUUGUGCCUUUCUAAAAACCCCACAAAAAACUUGGUAAACUGAGUCCCCAAACUGCAUUUGAAAAAGCAUGCAAAUGACAACAUUCCAUUUUCUCAUAGUCUUUCGUUUAAAAAUUUGAAGAGAUCGUGUGUUUCGUGAAAAACACCCCACCCCCACCAAUCUAUAUAUUCAUGUCAUUCAGUUUCGAUUCUCAGUUGGAACAACUUCACAUCAGUCAGCUUCCAUUCACAGCCAACGAAUACUCUCUCUCUUUCUCGACCGAAAGCUAACAACUAACAGAUCUCGGACCUUGGUAAAGAAAAAAAAAAAAAAAGUGAUGUAAGUCUGCGAGCUGGUUUCGAUACCCAAUUGACGCUUCAUUUCACUUGAUUUCAGUUACCUUAAUCACUUGUGAUAACGAACGAAUGAAUAUCACAACUUCCUGUUUCUUAUUCACGAAAAGAAAAUAAGCUGGAAACAUGAUAUGACAAUUAUUAUUACAUAUUAAAACAAUCGCAGUGUUGUAAGCAGAGUUUUGGGGUUUGUUUCACUAUAUCCUCUCAGAUAUGCCUAUUAACUUUGGUUAAGUCCUGAAUUGAUUAUAUAUAUAUAUAUAUAUUUACAUGAAAUACAUUACGCGUGAGAUGUGCCAAAAAUGUCAAACAUUUCGAAAAACUUUAUUUAGAAUAAUGUAUUGACUAAUUAAUGUACAGCAUAUUUCAGACAGAAAACGUUUUUUUUUUUUACUUGUGUGUAUAAAUUUGCUUAAAGAAAGAAAAAGUAAACUGGGACACUUGCCCGACCUUAUUUUACAUACACAAUAACAUCUACACCCAUUGAUAUAAACAAGUUCAUUUAACAUGGUAUUAUGUAUAACUGCUUAAGACGUCCUAAGACUGACUAAACAUUCUGCUUCUCUGGCAUUCCUUAAUAUUAUCCUCCUUCUCUUCACACUUUAAAGCAGGACAUUUUUUUAAAAGUCUUGUGACGAAGAAAUAAAUAAAUAUAUAUACAUAUAUAUUUCUUGUGUGUAUGUGUGUCCGCCCUUGACGCGUCGUCUCUACGAUCACAUCAAAUUGCGAGUAAAUCAAACCAAUUCUCUUCGUUUCUUGUCUCGAAUACCCUUCAGAAAGGCAUGAUCACUUCAACUUCCCAUUUUCAUUUUUUCCUAUGACUCUAGAAGACUUUUUGGUCGUCACUAGCCGUUUCAUAUCACUUGUCCUUCAAUGCUAUUUGGGAAUGAAAUGGACUUUUCCGAACAUCUCAUUUACCUCAUUUCCGUGUUAUCUAGUCAAAGGAAACCAGUCUGUUAAAAAUGUACCGGUUUCGAUUCUCAACUGAAAUCUAAGUUGCUAUACAAUGUUGAAGGAAAGUUUGAACAUCAUACAAUCUUCUUCCCUUAUAAAUUUAUAACUUUUUACUUAAUAUUUCUGUUACACACACACAUAUAUAUCUAUAUAAAUUUUACAUUUCUGGAUCGGAAUAUUGAUGCUCAAUAUUGUUCAGAUCGAACCUUCAGUCAUGUGAGAUGCCACCCCUACGUCAAGUUGCAAGAGCAGCAGCAGCUCGUUACAACGGCCAACCUCAUUUGAAAUUAACGUGUACCGUUUUUCUCCUUUACUCAUACACACCUGUUGUAUACCCAUCAUACAGGUAGUGCAAACGUUUUCAGGCACAAAAAUCGGUUAUCUAAAAUUUUAAAAAGAAAGGAAAAAUAAAACCCUUGGAAAACUACGUUAACUUAAGAAUUCAUAUAGAAUUAAUGACAAGUGUUUACCUGAAUUAAAAAUUUGAAAGUAAACCUUAACAAAAAUCACAUCACAUCGUUAGAGAGAGGGAGAGAGAAAAAGUAGCAAUGAACCACUUAGUUUUUUAAGGAAAGUUUGUAUUUUCUUUACUAUUUGGAGUAGUAUAUUUCAAAUUACUUAUUGACAACUUAUUAACAUUCUCCCGACAAAACUUUUUAAAUGUUUUAAAGCAAACAAGUUAAAGGUUUACACAUCCAGAGUAUAUAUUAUAUAUCGCAAUUAUCUUCUUUUUUCUCGAAGAAACAAGCAAUUAUUGAUAUUAUGUUACAACCUGGUUUGUUUUGGCAAGGUUUGAGAGCCAGAUAUAGUACCUGUUGACUUUGAAAAGUGAGUGAAAGUAGAAGACUAGAUAAUUUAUCAACAUACUGGUUUGAAAUUUAAAAAAAAACCCAACAAAACAAAAAGUUUUAGAAAUAUUUGAAAAACAUAUCAGUUUUAUGUAUUCAUUUAAAAGUGAAGAAAAAAGAACAGACAGCAAUACCAAAGUAGCUUGGCAUUUUAAAACCUAUUUCACAUCCACUGGGAUUAAGGAAUUUUGAUAAUUUUAAAAUCGAGUGGAAUAAAAAAUAACAAACAAACCCUCAAACAAAUAAUCAAAAUAAUAAUACGUCAAUAGCAGAAAAUAAAUACAACAUACUGAAAGGAACCCCCCUAAUCUAGACAUCUAUCUUUUGUACAUAGAAACGAUCUCUUUGUUCUACAUAAAAACUAACGAAAAGAGUAAAUAUAUUUGGAAUAAUCUGGAUAGUAAAGUUAAAGGAAGCGAGAAAGGAAGUUACUUGAAAAAAACCUGGACCUCAAUAAAGCAGAAAAAGUGUAAAAAGUUUAUAUUAUUAAACUAAUGAAGUAGUAAAAAGUCACCAGAAGUGAAAAGAUAGUUUGGUGUCGUUGGCAGUUUUUAAGGAAUCCUCACGUGGUUUCUCGAAAUGUGCGCUUCUCAGAUUUUAAGGAAGCAGUAGAUAGUCUGACAAAGUAAGGGCUGCUAAGCGCGGGCUCGUCUACUAGCAGACAGAUUCUCAGACUGGUGAGAUGGAGAUUGUUAUUGGUUUAGGUGGUGGCGGGCUCUCGGCCCGCAGUCAUAACAGCAGCAGCAGUAGUCACCACAACCAACAACAAAAGUCCCGUCGCCAAGUUCCUUCGACGACGGGAAGAGAACAGGGACAGCCUAAACCGAAGGAGGAUUUUAACGGUUGCGUCGGUGACAGAAAGAAGAAAACUAAGACAGAGGAAGAAGGAGGCAGAGGUAAUAGUAGUAGCAACAACAACAAUCCUAGGCAGUGCACACAACCUACAGACGUGCGUGCACCCUGUAAACGAUUACCGUCUCUUUCACUCAACCCGUUUCAGCCGCCGGCGCCGCCGCGUGAUUCGUCUACGCACGGUUACCAGCCCGUCCCAUGCAGGCCCUACAUUCGUUCAGCAUCAGCCUCAUCACCAUCUAUACCAUCUUCUGUGAAACAACAACAUCCACAACGGCAACAAAGAUACUCCAUCAUUAAUACCACCGACAACAGUAAUCACAACUACUACCGCCACAGCUACAACUAUCAUCAUCGCCAUAGUACGGGUACUUUGUCUUCUGUGGAGUCUGGAUCUCAUACAAUGACGACCAGCCUUGCCGACUGGGGUGGCGAACAUGGUGGCAACGGCAACUCGGCUGGAAAAGUCUAUAUAUUUCUCAUUCUCGGAAUUAUCAUUUUUAUGUCGGGCAUCAUUAUCGGCGGGUUUUACUUGAACAUUCAGCAAAUCACCACAUCCUCAGAUCUUACAGAAGUCCUACCCACCUACGUCAAUGCCUUAUCGGUAAUUACAAUUGGUGUCUGUGUUAUGUUUUUGUUCUGGAAACGAUGGCGCGUCUUUUUGUUUGUGGUAAUGGUUUUGAACCUUGGAGGAUUUUUGCUGUGUCUUCUCACUGGCAUUCUCACUGCUACUCACAUCCUGAAACCAGUAAUAUCAAUCAUCCACUGUGACCUCAUCAAGGAAUCAAGAUUGUGUUUAUGUUAUUCACCGUACAAGCGUAAGCAGCUUUCAUUGGAGCAUACUGAAAAAGAUCCAUUCAUUCUGACGUUCCAUGGAGUCGACGAUAAUUGUCAGGCCAUAAGGUCCUCAUUGCCAAAGAUGCUGUAUGUCCUCAUUGCCAUCUACGUGAUUGUUACUAUGAUCUGUGUUUUAUCCUACUUCAUUACUUACCGUGUUUAUCGCAUGAAGAAGAAAAAGGAGGAGGAUCAAUGGGAUGACGAGAUGUGCGAACAUGAUGAGAGGCAACAUCAUAGCUCCAUUGACUACUACCAUCCUGCUCACUGCCAUGACAGUUACAAUCAAGGACCACCAAGUCCUGGGAGUCCUGUUCCACUUCUUGAGACUGUUUACCCACGGGGUCUGUCCAGAGUGAUGAAGAGCUCAAUGCUGAGGGACUGGUUCCCUGACUUUGUUCGCAAAGACAAGCUGCGCCACUUGAAACGCAGCCAAAGCUUCAGCCAUCGCAGCCGAAACAACAUCGUCGACAGCAGCAAUGAAGUAUUUGAGGACAGUGGCUCUGCUGAAGUGAGAACUCUUGAUAGGGGCCAUUCCUCAAAGACCAGCCAUCCUCCUCGCAGAACACUCAGUGAGACAAUGCGGCCAGCAAGCGCCGGAACUCCAGAGAGCAUGCGGACUAACCACAAGUUGAGCAAGCAGGACCGACGGCAGAGGACAAUGACUAUGGACAAUUUGGACAACAGACAACUGCUUCUGAUUAUGGGACUUCAUAUGAGAAACAUGCAGGAACAACAUGAGCUAGAGAUACAGAGCAUGCAAGAGCAACAGCGCCGAUCAAAAACUCCACAGCCCUACAAUCCAGGAAGUAAAGGAGGUUAUAUGGCUGGACGAAGGGCUUAUACACCACAGCCAGCAAAAACUCAGUCAAGUAGUCCUAGCAUACCAGCAACAUGUGAUGGACGUUCGCAGCUGCCAAGACGCCGCCAACUGUUUGCAGACAUGGAUGAAGCCUUUAUGCCUUCAACUUCUACUGCAAAAACAUUUGCCGAGGCAAUGUUUAAUGACAUGGUAAAUCCAGUAAAUAAAUACAACACCCAGGAGCACAUUGAGCUGGAGACAUUGCCCCUAUGCAACUUCGAGGGCGUUGGUGAUGUGGGUGUUCACAUUUCUAAAGUGAAACAAAGUAAUUCUUUCCGGGUUCCUAAGACAUCAUCAGAUGGCUAUGACAAUAUGAAUCAAUCCCUGUUGGUUGACUGUCAUAAAAGACCAUCCUUAACCAGGACUAUGUCAGCAUCGGUACCUGCCAAAAAUGAGUCUGUUUACAUUGUACCCCUUUAUGAAAAAAUUGAUUCACCUGAACAUGACAUUGUCACUUCACCUGUUUAUGAGAGGUUGGUUUCUUCCCCGGAGACAAGAGCACUUUUGUCCCCCAACUAUCCUGAGCGGAUUUUCAACCAGGCACCUUUGCCAUAUGCUAUAAAAAUUUCCUCAUCAGAGUGCUUGUAUUCGAAAUCUACAAAACCAAAAGAAUCCAUAUAUGGUAGAAUUUCCAAGAAAUCUGACUCUUGUGACCGAGAUUCACCUGCAAAACGUGAUUCUCAGCAAAGUUCUUCAAAAGUAUCAAAAGAAAUGUCAACUUCAGGUUCCAGAAAGAGUAAUACAAGAUCUGGUAAAAUGGCAACUCCUGACUCAUCUAAACAGUAUGUUCACUCCCCAGAAGCAAAUUCCAAGACACCAUCCAAACUAGAAAAAUCUGAUCAGAAAGAGUCUGGAAAGAAGAAUCUUAAGAGACAGGAUGCCGUUGAUUUGAAUGCAACUCUUGACUCUGUCUCAUCUGGGUAUUCUCAAAGUCAAGAUAAUUCUAACAGAGGUAACAUUUCUGGGACAUCUACGGAGUUAUCUCCUCUUAACACAAACCAUAAUCGAAGCAAUGCUUCAGGUACAUCAAUGGAUGCUUCACCGGAUGGACAACCUGCCAGUCUCAAUCCAUGUAAUACUCCCAUUCCACACCCGAAAAUGUUACCUCUGACCCCUGACUUGUCACCGACCAGUCCUGAAGAUACCAGCUUAUCUCCAGAAGUCCACAUAUCAAGUCACCGAAGCAAUGCUUCAGGUAUAUCAUCCUCAUAUUACAUGCCUGAAGAUCAGAACAGUAUGAACUUGGGCAAAUCUUUUGUGGCUCCUUCAGAACUUACAAGAAACAUUACUGGUGCUUCAGCUGAUAUUUCCCCAGAGAAAAUCUCUUCUGACAAUGUCAUCUACUCUCCACCAAAGCAUGUUGGCUACAUGGUAAAUGUCAUUCCAUCAGUCCUCAAUAAUAAUCAAGGACAUUCAACAAAUUUGUCUUCCUUCCAGAACAUACCUCAUUCUCCAUCAAGGCAUGCUAAUAACCAGAAUCAAAUCCCCCUGCCUAAAGAAUGUUAUGUAAACAACUGUAGAAGUGUUGAUGCUUCAAAACAAGUUCAAAGGUGUUACGAAGAGGAACAGUAUGACAGCGCCAUGCACGGUUAUUCCACAUCCUUGUCACCACACAGAGGAAAUGUUGAGGAGUCUCUUGGGCCCAGGGAACAGCCUUAUGGUCAGUAUGGUCCAUAUAGUCGCAACAUUGAUGGCUGCAAUGUUCACACAUCUCCAACAAAGAAUAAUAAUGUUGAUAGCAAGCAUAAAAACAGAUCACACAGCAAUAGCAAUUACUACACCACCAGUAACAACAGUAACCGUGACCACGAACACCAUCAACAGUCAAAAAUCAAACCACCUCCUCCUCCAUACCAAUCUCGCUCAUCAUCAUCGUCAUCAACAUCAAAAGCGUCACCACAUAAGCUGCAGGCUGAAGUUCGCAAAAACCCUACACAAGGAAAAGGCAACUUCAGAGUUGGUCCUGAAGGGAUAAGUUAUCGACGGAAAAAAGUUGAGGGCCAGGAUACAAGCUACAAUGUGGAAUCCCCCCGAUCUGAACUGGAUGUUGAAGGACAUGCUGCUAAAGAGGAAUUUUAUGAUGUGCAUGAAGAGAAAAAUCGCAUUAUAGCUGCUCACAAUUACAGGAAUGACCUCAAGAAUCCACACGAUAUUGUACUGUUGCGAGACGAAGCAAACGGUAGUGACUCUGAUGCACUAGAGACUGUCAUUUAAUUGCUUCCCUCCCUCAAAUGUUUCAAUGGACUGCAUUUCUCUUUGAGACAUAGCAAAUUUUGAUAA